UUUUAUCAUGAAUCAAUUUCUCCACUGCUCUAAUCCUAGAGGAUGCCCUUGUAUCAUCAAAUAUAACGAUGGAUUUUAAGGAUGCAUCACAUGACUUACAAAGAUAUUAGUCAAUUAUUUCUGCGUCGCAAAAGCUCCUCAGUGAAUUUCAAUUGAAUAACUUUUAGCUCUCAUGAAUUCCAUCCAUUACUGCCUUUUCAGUCAAAACAUAAUUCCUUCCUUUUCUCUGCUACAGUUGUUGGAUGCGCAGUCAUCUUCAUGAUUUUGGUGUCCUUUAUUUUCUGGCAUCUUUACAAGAAAAAAUACGCUUCUUCAAACUUUUUUGCAAGGAAUACAUAUUCUGAUCCAUCCUCUAGACCAGAAGUGGAAGGGGGGAGCGUCUACUUUGGAGUCCCCGUUUACUCCUACAGUGAACUUGAAGAAGCCACCAAUUAUUUUGAUAUUGAAAAAGAACUUGGGAAUGGAGGAUUUGGAACCGUUUACCAUGGCAAACUCCGUGAUGGGAGGGAAGUUGCAGUGAAGCGCCUAUAUGACCACAACUACAGACGAGUACAACAGUUCAUGAAUGAAAUUGACAUCCUAACACGAUUGCGCCACAAAAAUCUUGUCUCCCUUUAUGGGUGUACUUCAAGCCACUGCCGUGAACUUCUUCUUGUGUAUGAAUACAUUCCCAAUGGCACCGUUGCUGAUCAUAUUCAUGGCAAUCAAGCAACACCAGGUUCACUCACAUGGCCAACUCGUAUGAGCAUUGCUAUAGAAACUGCUAGUGCAUUGGCAUACCUCCAUGCUUCUGACAUAAUACAUCGCGACAUAAAGCCUAACAACAUCCUCCUGGAUGAUAAUUUCUGCGUCAAAGUUGCAGAUUUUGGGCUUUCUCGGCUGUUUCCCAAUGAUGUCAGCCAUGUCUCAACAGCUCCUCAAGGAACUCCGGGCUAUCUUGACCCAGAAUAUCACCAAUGCUACCAGCUUACUAGUAAGAGUGAUGUCUACAGCUUUGGUGUUGUGCUCAUUGAGCUCAUAUCAUCUCUGCCUGCUGUCGAUAUGUUUAGGCAUAGGCGUGAAAUCAAUUUGGCUAACUUAGCCUUAAAUAAGAUAGAAAAGUGUGCAUUCCACGAACUGAUUGACCCAUAUCUUGGAUUUGAGUCAGAUAAUGGAGUUAAAACGAUGAUCAUUUUGGUGGCAAAGUUGGCCUUUCAAUGUUUACAACCGGACAAGGAGCUGAGGCCUUCCAUGGAUGAGGUAUUGGAGGCUCUAAAGAAUAUUCAAAUUGGUGAGGAUGCACCAGAGGAUCAAGAGAUGGCAUAUGAUGAUGCUAGGAUCUUGAAUGUGCAGAAACCUGCUUCACCAGAUUCUGAUGAGGUUGGAUUGUUGAGGAAUAAGCAGCUGCCACCUUCGCCAGAGGCUGUAACUGAUAAUUGGAAUAGUAGGUCUACUACACCAAAUUUCAGUGUUUACACUUCUUCUCCAUGGUGCUAAUUUUUUAGUAGAUGAUAAGAUUAUGUUUAGCACAUGCUCUGAGAUGCACGAGUGGAUUGAAAUUUCAUUUUCUUCUCAUCUAGUUGUUUGGUUGUUCAGAGGAGGCAUAUUUUUUAUAGGUUAA